AAAAAUAUAUUUGGAAUUGAAUAUUGUCUUUUUUUUGCGUUAUAAAUGGAGUUUGACUGGUCAAAAUUAGAUGAAGAAUUUGCUCUUAAAAUGAAAAAUUUUCUUAAUCAACAAUUUGAAAAAAUCUUUCUUCCGUCUUAUUUGAGAAAUAUUAAUGUUGAAUCCUUCGAUUUUGGAAGUAUUGCUCCAGUAGUUGAUAUUGAAAAUAUAGAAGAUCCAUAUCCACAUUUUUACCAAGAUACGGAUACAAAUCAUAAUGAAUUAGGGGAGGAAAUAGUAAAACACUGUCAAGACUUAAAAGAGGACGAGAAAGAUGAACAAGAUACAGAUUUUUCUAUUGAUAAUUCAGAUGUUGCAUCUACUACUUCACAACCACCUCCAUAUGCUGAAGCAGGAUUUUCUCAAUUUCAGAUGCAUGAUCUUACAAAUUUAUUAACACAUAAUUUCCCUAUUACAUCAUAUAAAUCGUUAAAAUCAAAUAUUGGUACAAAUUGUCUUCCUUUUUUUCAGUCAACGUUUUCUGGUUCAUCGGGAAAUAUUGUCUCUGUAUCAGGAUUAUCUACACCUCAUUGGGUUGGAACUCAUUUAUUAAAUAGUCAUUAUCAACUACCAUGUAAAAAUGAAGAAAUUCUUCCACCAAUUAAUCAAAAUAUUCAAAUAACAUCCUCUUCAAAUUUGUUACCGGUUAUGACUCAAACUAAAAACAAUCUUAUAGAAGUUAAAAAUAAUAAGGGAUCUCAAAAUACGAAUUUUAAUGAAGAUUUUCAAAUAAGGUUUCGAAUUGCAUAUGAAGGAGAUAUAAGAAUAGAAAUUACAGCAGAAUUACAUUUAAAUUACCAUUCAACGAUGUUUAUUACUCUUCCCGUCAAAAUUACACUAACAGGACUAUCAUUUGAAGCAAUCGCAAUUUUAGCUUACAUUAAUAAACGUUUUCAUUUUUGUUUUAUUGAUGAAGAACAAAAAGAGAAAUUAUUAAAAAACAUCAAAAUUGAAUCAGAAAUAGGAGAUAAAAGUAAACAAAUACUUAAAAAUGUUGGGAAAAUUGAAACAUUUUUAUUAGAACAAUUUAGGAAAAUUAUAGAAAGAGAACUGGUUUUUCCAAGUUGGUUGACUAUUGUUAUAUAG